UCCAGUGUUUUUCCUGCUUUGACAUGUCUAGUCUCCACAACAUUUUUACUCUAGGUUUAGCAUGGAUGUUACUGAAAUCACAAAAGUUGAUUGGUGUUGUGUCAGAAAGGGGCAGGGCAAAGGUGCGUUUAAAUAAGAAAGUCAAGUGGGAAACUGGGAGGAUUCCCACUGUGGUCGUUUCCCGAACCUCGAUUAUACUAACAUCAUUUAGAGUUAUCACCUGAGCAGCGCCUUGCUGGAUGACCCAACAUGACAGACUAUGAGGAAAGCAUUGCCUUCCUCGGACAAUGGGGACCGUUCCAACAAACAGUGUUUUUUCUAUUGUGCUCUAGUGCCAUACCUAAUGGUUUUACCGGCAUGUCCAUUGUAUUCAUCGGAGACACACCGCCCCAUCGUUGCCUUAUUCCCGCGGGAAGCAACAUCAGUGCCGAAUGGAGGAACCACAGUAUUCCCUGGGAGGAAGAUCAAAGUGGAACUUUGUCUCUCAGCAAAUGCUCUCGGUAUCGGCUGGAUGUCAUCAAAAACUUGUCGAAUAGCGGAUACGUCCCGGGGAUUGAUGUGAACGUCAGUGAGUUACCCCUCGAGACAUGUUUGGACGGAUGGAAGUACGACCAAGGGACGUACAUCUCUACUAUUGUCACCGAGUGGGACCUGGUUUGUGAUGAAAAGUGGAGGAACCCUUUGACCUCCUCAAUCUUCUUCUGUGGUGUCCUCACUGGUUCCUUCCUGUCAGGACAGCUAUCAGACAGGUUUGGGAGGAAGAUUGUGCUGUUUGUAACCAUGGGGGUCCAGACAGUGUUCACCUUCAUCCAGGUCUUCUCUCUGUCCUGGUCUAUGUUCUGUGGACUACACUUCAUCGUGGGCAUGGGGCAGAUCUCCAACUACGUGGCUGCCUUCGUCCUUGGCACGGAGCUGUUGAGCCCAGAAGUGCGGAUGGUGUUCUCCACCUUGGGGUUGUGUGUCAGCUUCGCCCUGGGCUACAUGCUCCUCCCUCUGGGGGCCUACCUUAUCAGGGAGUGGAGGAUGCUGCUGCUGGUUCUUACCCUGCCUGGCGUCCUAUAUGUGCCGUUGUGGUGGUUCAUCCCAGAGUCCCCCCGGUGGCUGCUCUCUCAGGGCAGAGUGGAGGAAGCCGAGGCCAUACUGAGGAGAGCUGCCAGACAGAACCAAGUUCAGGCUCCUGACGUCAUCUUUCAGCCUCCACUGAUGGAGCUGGCGUCUGGGAAGUUAGAAACCUACAACAUCUGUGACCUGUUGCGUUCUAGAAACAUCUGUUUGGUCUCAGUCACCCUGUGGAUUGUCUGGACUGUCAUUUCCAUCGGCUACUUCGCCCUGUCCCUCAACACGUCCAACCUUCAUGGCAGCUCCUACCUCAACUGCUUUGUGUCGGCGGCCAUCGAGGUACCGGCCUACCUGCUGGCCUGGCUCCUGUUCCGCUUCUGCGGACGACGGCCUUCCCUCUGCUGGACACUGUUCCUGGGAGGAGUGAUGAUGUUUUUUACCCUCCUCCUACCUCCAGGCCUGAGCUGGAUUUCCACGACUCUGGAAAUGUUGGGGAAGUUUGGCGUGACGGCGGCUUUUUCCAUCUUGUACGCCUUCACAGCGGAGCUCUACCCCACUGUCCUGAGAAACACAGCCGUGGGGGUGUGCUCCAUGGCAUCCCGCGUUGGCAGCAUCUCAGCGCCGUACUUCAUAUACCUGGGGGAGUACUCCAAGUCCCUUCCCAACAUCCUGAUAGGUGGUCUGACCAUUCUGUCCGGACUGCUCAGUCUGCUGCUGCCAGAGAGCCACGGCGUGCCUCUUCCCGACACCGUCGACCACAUGCAGAGCUUCCCUGGAUACACACCUGAUAGUCUGUGGUUCCCUCCCAGAGCUGGGUCGACAGCUUGCGUCCCCCGAGCCAGCGCCCCUCCAGGGCCACCUGGCACACGUCUGCGUCCUCCGGCUCCUUGAACGCUACAGAUGCCACGCCGUCAGGAUGGCGCUAGGGAGCAGACACACAUCAUCACACCUGGGACUAAGCGCCUCCCUCUGCAAGUGGAUCCUCAACUUCCUAACGGGAAGGUCACAGGUUGUGCGAAUCGGUGACCGCACCUCAUCCACACUGAUCACCAACACAGACACCCCCCAGGGCUGUGUGCUCAGCCCUCUCCUGUUCUCCUUGUUCACGCACGACUGUGCGGCAACCAACAGCUCCAACCUCCUUACAUUUAGUCCUUUUUUAGCAGACGCUCUUAUCCAGAGCGUUAAGUUAAGUGUUAAGUUUGCUGACGACACAACCAUCGUGGGCCUCAUCUCUGGCAGUGAUGAGUCAGCCUACAGAGGAGGUUGAUACCCUGAUAUCAUGGUGUCAGGACAAUAACCUCUCUCUCAACGUCAGUAAGACCAAGGAGAUGAUUGUGGACUAUGGGAGGCGGCAGGAGGAGGAGCAUGCACCCCUACACAUCAACGGAUCCAUAGUGGAAAAGGUCAGCUGCUUCAGGUUCCUAGGGGUGAACAUCAGCAAUGAGCUUACCUGGUCUGCUCACACUGACAAGGUGGUCAAAGCGGCCCGGAAACGCCUCUUCUUCUUGAGGAGACUGAAGAAGUUUGGCAUGGACUCGGUCAUCCUCAUUAACUUUUACAGAUGCACUAUAGAGUUUUCUUACUGGUUGCAUCACAGUGUGGUAUGGGAGCUACACAGACAGGGACCGCAAGGCCCUACGUAGUGUGGUCAGGUCUUCUGAGUUCAUCAUCGGCAGGAAGCUCCCUGCCCUAUAGGACACCUACCACACACACAAUGCCUCAGGAAAGCUGGCAGGAUUCUAAGAAACUCUAGGGAGUCAAGUGGCUGAGCGGUUAGGGAAUCGGGCUAGUAAUCUGAAGGUUGCAAAAUGAUGUUGACUUGCCUCGGGGGAAUGUCCCUGUACUUACUGUAAGUCGCUCUGGAUAAGAGCAUCUGUUAAAUGACUAAAUGUACCACCCAUCCUUCAGUCUUAUUGAUCUGAUGCUAAUGCUCCACCACUGAGCUAUACCCAACCUUUAGCAACAGAACCUAAUGCGUUACAUUACUGCGUUACAGACAAAUGUAAAUUUUGUACCCCCAAUACUGUCUGUAACCAAUAAAUGAAGUUAAAUGAAGUUAAAUGAGUUGAUGUGACUUGAGUGUUAUAAGAAUCAUGUGACAACACAUUCACGUUCCGAUCAGUGUUACUGUGUUACCUACUGUUUCCUUCAGGCCACGCCCACACUCCAAGAUCCAUAUAUGAGACACAUCCGUUAAUGACCUAUGACCAUAAUUUAGGGUUCUGUUGCUAAAGGUAACAAGUCACUGCUGAUCCCAUGAAAUCCAAACGUUCAAAUGUUUUUUGUCUCAGCCUUGAUGUAUUCAACCUAGCCACCAUUCUAGUCCUGCCUGACUAGACACAUAUAGUGUCUGUGUGUGUGAGUGAGAGAACAAGAGAGAGAAGGCAGAGUCUCCUGUCUAGUCAAUCCUGUAAAGAAGACAUGGGAACCCCCCAUCCUGCAUCUUACCAGGAAACCAGGGAGUCCUCACACCCGAAACCUAAACCAUCUCUGCAACACUUACCACCAGGUUGGGGGUGGCGGGUAUAGCUCAGUGGUGGAGCAUUAGCAUCCGAGGUUGCAGGUUUCAUUCCACAUUUGUAUGUCACUUUAAAUAACAGUGGCUGCUAAGUGAAUCCAUUAUUAUUCAAGUCACAUAGAUCAUUAACUGCCACUUAGCUGUGUUAAAAACACUUUAUUCAAGAACCUUGAUAUAAUUCAAGUUUAAUACAGUUUGAGUACCAAAACAAACAAAAAAACUCUUCCAAUAUAAUAUAAAGAAACUGAGAAAGAGACUGAGUCAGUCGUACAGUAACUGAUAGAGCAUGCAAACAUGCAGGAACAAACACUUCCUCUAAUGGAACAGCUACUUCAUGACAGAAGAAGAUCAAGUUCAACUGAGAACAGACUCAUCUGGAUUCAAGUCUGCACUCUCACCUAGGCCACAUGGCCAGGAACAGUAGACUUUUCUUUGAUCCUUGACUCUGAUAACCAAAAUACUAUUAGAACUAUGCACUUCUGACCUUUGAUUUUCUAUGUGCACUAUUUCUGCAUCCCUUUUUGGAUCCAAGCAUUUUCUAAAUGGAUACAAUCUUAUGUAUAACAUAGCUGCAGUGGCGUGCUUUGGCCACCAGAUGCCACUGUAGUAACGUGUACACACUGGCUCAGACUUGUGUGUGACAUCAUAGACGAAGAGGGCCUCUCAGCAUGGCUCUCCCCACCCCCUGACAUCACACCCCACUGCUAG